GUUGUCAUACGGUAUUUUUAUUCUGAUUUAGGUUUCCUAAAAACUGAUGAGUCUCUUCUUCAAGAAAGUGCUGAAGGAGGAUGGCAGGAUGGGGCUACAGCCGUAUGUGUUUGGGUAUUGGGACAAAGAGUUGCAGUUGCUCAUAUAGGAGAUGCCAAGGCAGUAUUAGCUCGGUCAACUGAUGGAUCACAAAAUCCAGAUGGUGUCCAGGCGCUGAAGGCCAUUGUUCUGACUAGAGAACACAAACCUAUCUUCCCACUGGAGCGUACACGCAUUCAGAAGUCAGGGGGUUUUGUGAGCUCAGAUGGACGAUUAUUAGGGCGUCUUGAAGUUUCUAGAGCUUUUGGAGAUCGACAGUUUAAAAAGGUAGGUCUUGUUGCAAGCCCAGAUGUCUAUACUUUUGAAGUUACAAAUACUGAGCAUUUCAUCAUUCUUGGCUGUGAUGGCUUGUGGGGGGUAUUUGGUCCCAGCGAUGCUGUUGAUUUUGUUCAGAAGUUAUUGAAUGAGGGGCUACCUGUUGCCACCGUGUGCCGUCGUCUUGUAAGGGAGGCUGUCCGUGAGCGUCGCUGUAAAGAUAACUGCACUGCCAUUAUUAUUGUAUUUAAGCACAAAUAAUCAAUGGCACGAUCCCCAUGUGUUGUACCAGCUGCUAUGCAUUUUGUAUUCGGAUGCUGCUUUCAAAAGCAAUGUAAAAUAUGUGAAUUUCUUCUUCACACUGCAAACAAAUGGUGGCACUAAAUGCAUACCAACUAGUUUAUCACUCUUGAAACUGGUUGUUGUUAUUGUAAUACAUGUUGAAGUGUAGUGAAGAUCAUUUUGCUGCAAAAGCAUCUUUGAUUUCA